AUGCAGGAGUCGAGCCAUGUGCCGCUGGGCAUGGACGCAGCAGGCUGGAGGGCCACCCUGGCUCAGCUGGGCUGGCAUGAGCUCUGCAACGAGGUCUCAGAGCAUGCUCAGACUGAGCUGGGGAUGCAGGCGUGCCGGCGCCUGCUCCCAACCCUGGGAGACGCGGAGGCCUCGCAGGGCCUCCUGACCCUCACCGCCGCGCUGACGGCGGCCGAGCAGUCCCACGGUGCCCAGAUUGAGCUGGGGAGCAUGCGGUCCGUGGAUGCGGCCCGGGCCCUGCAGCGUGCAGACCAGGGCGGGCAGCUGCGGACCAGGGAUCUUUUGGCAAUCCUGUCUGUGGUAGAGGUAGCAGCCUCCACCUGCAGGAGGGUCUCCUCCCUGCUGGAGAAAUUGGACGGCCAAAAGGCGGCCAGGGAGGUCAUGCCGCUGGCGCCUUUUCAAGACUUGCUGGAGGUGGGUCCCGAUGUUCUUUCCUUCCGGAAGGAGGUGCUCCGCUGCCUGGACGAGGACGCCAGCAUCCGCGCGCAAGCCAGCCCCGACGUGGCUCGGUGCCGGCAAACCGUCGCCAGCCUGCGGCUCAGGGCGCAGCGAGCCCUUGCGUCCUCUGGGGAGGUGAGCGAGUGGAACGGGCGCUUCUGCCUCGCGCUCAACCCUGCCGAUCCCAUCCCCAGUGGCUCCAUCCUGCUGGGCGGGGCCUCGGGGGGUGGCCUGCAAUACCACGAACCGCCCGUCGCCCUGCGCCUCAACAACGCCCUGGCUGCGGCCCUGGGCGAGCUCAACACCGCCGAGAACGCCGUGCUGUGGCGCCUGAGCGAGGGCGCCCAGGCCUGCCACACGCCACUCGCCGGCCUCCUGCACCAGCUUGUGGAGCUGGACACAGCUGUGGCAAAGGAGCGCUUUGGUUGGUGGAUUGAUGGCCAUGUACCGGGCUUGGUCGGCCUCGCCACCGCCUUGGAGCUGAGGAGACUCAGGCACCCGUUGCUGGUGGCAGCACACCUCAGGGGCAAGGCGCAGGCCGCCAAGUCGCGGCGAAGGCUCGCUGUUCCGAUCGAUGUGCUCCUGCCAAAGGGGGUGCGGGCGGUGGUGAUCACCGGCCCCAACACGGGUGGCAAGACCGCGGCGCUCACGGCUGCGGGACUGUCCGUGCUCUCCUGCCUGGCAGGCAUCCCAGUGUCCACCUCCGUCCCCGCCCGCAUCCCUGCCUAUUCCGCCGUCCUGGCCGACAUUGGUGACAACCAGUCCCUCGGUGCCAGCCUGUCAACUUUUUCAGGGCACCUGGCUCGCAUCCAGGCUGUUAGGAAAGCGUGCACGGGACGGGAGCUCGUCCUUCUGGACGAGGUUGGCACGGGCACGGAUCCCACGGAGGGCUCGGCGCUGGGCGCGGCUGUGCUGCAGACGCUGGCGCGCGGUGGGAAGGGCGGCGCGGCCCUUGUCCUCGCCACGACCCACCACCAGUCGCUGACGGGGCUCAAGUACGAGGACCCGGUGUUCGAGAACGCCAGCGUGGAGAUCGACGCCUCCACCCUGCGACCCCGGUACCAGCUGGCCUGGGGCAUCCCCGGGCGCAGCCACGCCCUGGCCAUCGCCGAGCGCAGCUGCCUGCCGGACGCCGUCGUGGGCGGCGCGCGCGCGACCCUGGGGAAGGCCAGCCUCACGGCCGAGGGCAUGGUGGCCGAAAUGGAGCGGCUGCGGCGGGAGGUGGAAACCGCGCGGGCCAGGGCCGGCGAGGAGGAAAGGGCGGCGGCGGACCUGCGCCGCAGGUCCGCGGCGUGCCGGGCCAGUACGGUCGCACGCGAGACGGCCGCCGCUCGCCAGGCCCAGACCUCCAGGGCGGGAGUUAUCGACCGGGCGCUGGCGGAGCUGGCGCUCGUGCAGAAGGACCAGCAGGCCGCGAAAGCGGAGCGCGGGCGGAAGGAGGCCGCGCUGCGGGAGGCAGCCGCCAUCGCACAGGAGCGGGCGUCGCGCGCCGAGCGCCGGGCGGCCUGGCGACCGGCGGUGGGGGAGGAGGUGCGUGUGGCCAGGCUGGGCAUCGUGGCCAGAGUCCUGGCGGUGGAUGCCGCCAGGAAGAAAGUCAAGCUGCACACCCGCCUGGGCAGGGUGGAGGCGCGCAUGGACGAGCUAGACUUUGUGGACUGA